AUGCCAGCGACUCCGACAAACGAAAAAGUACCGAUGUCGCAACAGGAGCACUGCGCGUCGUGCAAGAACACUUGUGUCUCUGACGAUUCCACUGAUACGGGUUUGUCUGCAAAUGAGCAGGCUAUCGCUCAGUUGCCUCUCAUUAAUCCGGAAAAACGUGUCGAACUGCCCUACACACGGCUGUUCACACCUGCAUCUGCUCGUAUUCCUCUCGCCAAGUCAUUAGCCCAUCGAAAACUGCGUAAAUAUGCUAGUGAAACAUGCUUCUCAUUGAAUGCGAGUAGUAUUUCCGACUUAUUAUCGAAUGAUCAAGAAGAACCGGAAAUGAGUACAACCGCUAAACAUAAAGUAUUUUCGGUGCGACCUGUGAAAAGCACUGCAUCCGGUAUGGUGCUUCAGGACGGCACGCUGCCAGGUAAUCAGCGAACACGACCACGAGAGGACUCUGAGGGGGAAACAAGUUAUUCUGGUAGCGAAGCGACACUAGCCAGCGGCUCGAUCACACCUAUCCUGCAACAUAAGUCAAGGCGAUUCCGGCUAAAUCGGCCAAAAAGUGCGACGCAAAUUCCUGGAACACCGGCUUCCUCAGAUGUGUACAAUACAGUAACGUCAGCAACAGUACGAUCCAUCGACUCACUACAGCGAAUUGGACUCGGAAUGGCUGGCAGCAUUGAUGGGCGACGAGACAGCGCCGCCUACAAUUUGGACGACGAUAGCUUACAUGAGUUUGACGACCAAAAGGGUAAGGGCUUUCAGGAAUUAUGUAAACACUGCUAG